UGUCAUUCGUUUCGUCUUUCAUUACGACGUUUUGCUAUCAUGGCGGCCACCGUCGGUAGGAUUUGUGGGGCACGUCUUUUGAAAAAUUAUGGCUUAGUUACUCCUCAGGUUUGUCAGCUGUCUACUAGUACUCAAGGAUGGACAAGAAACAGAAAAUUGUUACUAUCAACACUGGGUGUUGUGGGUGGAGGUGUGGGAGCCUUGCUGUUUGCUCUGGAGCAAUCAGUCCAAGCCUCUGGUGGUGAGGCGCACCCAGCGCCCCAGCCUUGGUCUCACAAUGGCUGGUUCCAAUCACUUGAUCAUGCUAGUAUUCGCCGCGGUUACGAGGUGUACAAACAGGUGUGCAAAGCAUGCCACUCGUUGCAAUACAUUGCAUUCCGAAACCUUGUCGAUGUCACCCAUAGCGAAGAGGCUGCCAAAGCUGAGGCGGCUGAGGUCAUGAUUAGAGAUGGUCCUGAUGAAGAAGGCAACUACUUCGAGAGGCCUGGAAAACUGUCCGACUACUUCCCGUCUCCGUAUCCUAAUGAGAAUGCCGCGCGUGCAGCCAAUAACGGUGCAUACCCGCCGGAUUUAUCUUUGAUUGUUUCUGGACGUAAGGGUGGUGAGGACUAUAUUUUCGCACUUCUCACUGGCUACAUGGACGCACCUGCUGGUGUCAUCCUCCGUGAGGGACAAAACUAUAACCCAUACUUCCCAGGUGGUGCCAUUUCUAUGGCGCAAGUACUAUUUAAUGAGGCGGCAGAAUAUACUGACGGCACACCGGCGACCGCCUCUCAACUGGCGAAGGAUGUGGCCACCUUCCUGCGCUGGUGUUCGGAACCUGAGUUGGAUGACAGGCGGCAGAUGACCAUCAAGGUUAUUGGCAUGUUCUCUUUGAUCGCCGCAGUCGUUUACUACUACAAGCGACACAAGUGGACUACAAUGAAGUCCAGAAAACUAGCCUACAAACCCGUUUCUAAGAAAUAAACGCUGCCAUCAAUUAUACAGUAGUAUAAAACAAACGUUUUAGACAAUUUUUUUCGAUAGGCACAGUAACAUGUUAUUUGUUUAUAAUUAAAUUAAUUUAUUUUAUAUAUCAUCAUGUUUAUUUCUUCCCUCGCUGAUCAGUCAGGGAUAUCGCUUCGCAUUCUCUGUUACCAUAUUAAACUAAUGAGAUCGUUACGCCUGGCUCGGGUUCAUUAGCAAACGAUUCAAUUUAUAGUGUAUAAUGUAUUUUUAUUGAGGAGAUUGUUCACCGUCGUACGGUUGAUUGUAAUUUGUAGCACAGACAACUUAAUAAUAUAUAGGUGAUCAAUUGGAAAACUCGUGCUUGUGAUGUUUCAUGGAAGAUAUUACUGUGAAUCAGUGUACAGUUGAAUAAAUGAGUUAUUGAAAAUCGA